AUGGAAUCCGAAGAAGCCCAACCAGUAGCAAUCUUCAAAAAGCGCACAGCCAAAGGCAAAUCCAACUUUCGAAAGCGCGCCGCCACUCCACCACCCGCAUCCGACAGCGAUUCCUACUCCUCCUCCGAAGACGAAUCUGGGCGCAAGAUUAAAAGACGAAAGAAGAACACCGGCGUCAUCACCGCCUCAUCUCGGUCAAAUCCUGUCUCACACACUGACCUCACGGCCUCAAAUUAUACCGCGGACCGAAGCACCACCAUCAAGAGCUCCAACGACGCGACCAAAUCAAGCAAUUGGUACGACGAAAAUGCGACCGAUGCUUUGUCCUCCAAGAAUCUGUUAGGGACCACGAGGGCCGCCGCGCCUUCAGUUGCGCCAGAUGGAACGUAUACGGGUCUUGCCAACGCGACGACGUUCAUUCAAAAGAAUCCCGAUGCGCCGAAUCGUUCAAUUGGUCCUGUGAAGGCGCCGACGAAUCUUCGUACCAUCACGGUUACGGAUUUUGCACCGGAUGUGUGUAAGGAUUAUAAGCAAACGGGAUUCUGCGGCUUUGGAGAUAACUGCAAAUUCUUGCACGCGAGAGAAGAUUAUAAACAGGGAUGGCAACUAGAUAAAGAAUGGGAGAACGUUACGAAGGGGAAGAAAUUCCAAGGGACCAAGAUAGCAAGUGCGAAUCGAGAGGCUGAGGAAGACUCAGAUGAUGACAAUGCGGCACUCGAGGGCAUCCCAUUUGCGUGUAUCAUCUGUCGCGAGAAAUACAAGGAUCCGAUUCUGACGAAAUGCGGACAUUACUUCUGCGAAGGGUGUGCUCUGAAGAGAUAUAGGAAAGACCCAAGUUGCGCGGCUUGUGGUUCUGGGACCGGUGGUGUUUUCAACGUGGCAAAAGGGCUGAAGAAGUUAUUAGAAAGAAAGAGAGCUAGUGCCGCCAAAAGGCGUCAAAAAGCCAUCGAAGCUGGCGAGGAAGUCAGUGAGGAGGAAGACGAGGACGAAGGAUGA